AUAUUUAUACUGAUAUGGUGUUGUAGUAAAAGAAGUUACGUUUAAGGAUAUACAGCCGCAGUACUACGGCGUUACUGGCGCUGAUAUAAAGUGGCUACUUCGUCUCUGCCGCGUCUGUGCUGUAACCAGGCAACCUCCGCCUGCUCCGCGGGCCCUACGUCUAAUUAUCUCGAGAGAGGUGUUUGAGAGGGUACAAAUGGAUCUGAUUGACUAUAGGAACCACCCCGAUCUAGUAACGCAGGAUAAAUACGUACUAUAUAUUAGGGACCACUACUCCAAGUACUGCAUGUUGAUACCCCUGAAGGACAAGAGCGCUCGAGCAGUAGCUGCAGGACUGCUACGCUGGAUACAACCAUUCGGCUUACCAAGGCAAAUACAUACUAAUAACGGUACUGAGUUCCGUAGUGUUGUUCAACAGCUAUUCGACGACUACGGGAUCGACCUUGUAUGUAGACGUCCUCGCCACCUAUAGAGCCAGGGGGGUGUUGAGAGUGCGAAUGGAGAUGUAAAAAGGAAGCUUGAGAGGGCCCGAA